UAACUUUUAUUCUUUCCAUUUUAGGGUUGUUGACGCCAUGUUAUGGCGAAGGCCCUGACCGCCCCUAUACACCGAAUCAUCCCGAACAUGCCUCUGCAGAGAUCCUGAAUCCCAUGAUCAACGAUACCUAUAGAAUAUUUAAGACUCUGGUCGAAGAAGUCAAGAGUGUUUUCGUGGACGAGUAUAUCCAUCUAGGAAUGGAUGAAGUGUACUACGCUUGCUGGAGAUCUAGCCCCGAAAUUAGGGAAUUCAUGGAUCAAAAUAAUUACACAGAUUACAACCAAGUCGAGCAACAUUACGUGAGGAAAACUUUGCAGAAUGUCAAAGACACUGGCUACAAGUACAUAAUUUGGCAGGAUCCCAUCGAUAACGAUGUUCAAGCUGAACCUGAUUCGGUUGUCGAGGUCUGGAAAGACACUUACUUGGAUCACAAGAUGGACAAGUGGGAGAACUAUAUAGUCCCUAUAGCCCAGAAAGGGUACCAGAUCAUAUUAUCUGCCUGCUGGUACCUCAAUUACAUCUCUUACGGUCAAGACUGGAAGAAAUAUUACUUAUGUGAUCCCAGGAACUUUAGUGGUACGGAAGAACAGAAAGAUCUCGUAAUUGGAGGUGAGGUCUGCAUGUGGGGUGAGUAUGUGGACGGUACUAACCUACUGCCCAGACUGUGGCCUAGAGCAUCAGCAGUUGCCGAAAGACUUUGGAGUCCUGCGACUCUAACUGAUGUUGAUAGUGCUGCUUUCCGUCUUGACGAACAUAGAUGCAGAAUGCUCAGGCGAGGUAUUCCGGCGCAACCAAUCCUCAACGGUUUCUGUGGAGAUUAUGAAUGGGACUUUGAAGAAGAUGCUCCAGCUGUUCAGGCUUCUGACGUCACAGCAUAAAGAAGCUUGUUGUUCACGCUGUAGAAAGAGUAUCUCAAAAACUUUGGAAACAGUGGACAUUUCUAAUGAGAUAAAUGUUCUCUCUGAGAAGUAUGCAUGGAAAUCUUCUGUUAAUUAGAAAAUCAAUAAAUCUUUUGAUUUCUUUUAAAGUUA